AUGUCGAAAAAAAAAAGUCUCAAAAAGCAGCAGCUGAUCGAGAAACUGCACGCUCCCGCGAGAAGAAAUUUUCCACAAAGACGCGUCAUAGUUUGCGGAUACGAUGACCUGUGGCAGGCGGAUGUGGUCGAGAUGCGUCCUUAUAUGCGAUUCAACAGAGGUUACCACUACAUUCUCACCGUUAUCGAUGUGCUGAGUAAGCAUGCAUGGGCCGUACCUCUCAAAGCCAAGAGUGGAAUAAUGAAGGCAUCAGUCGUCGAGCGGUUCAACCGUACGUUGAAAAACAGCAUGUGGAAACAGUUUACAUACAAUGGAAACUAUAGAUGGAUCGAUUUGCUACCGUAUCUCAUGUCUGAAUACAACGCACGAAAGCAUCGAACUAUCGGUAUGCGACUCAUCGACGUCACCCCCGCAAUCGCCAACAAGCUCCUAACCAUGGUGUAUAACCACUUAAAGAUCGCCGCACCCGCGCGAUUCAAAGUGGGUGACUCGAUACGCGUCAGUAAAUUCAAUACAAUUUUUGACAAGAGUUAUACGCCAAACUGGACCACGGAAGUGUUUAAAAUCAUCAAGAUGCAGAAAACUAAUCUCGCAAAGUAUCUUUUGGAGGAUUCUCGCGGAAAACCCAUAGCCGAAAGAUUCUAUGAAUACAAACUGCAUCGCGUUGCUAAUCCCGACGUGUACCUCGUUGAAAAAGUUUUGCGCAAAAGAGGGAAUGAGAUAUACGUGAAAUGGCUGGGAUUGGACGAUUCACAUAAUUCAUGGAUACACAAGGAUAACGUGUUGUAA